AUGAGCCAGGAUAAGCCACCCCCUUCAGACCUGCCAUCGCACGAGAAUGACAGCGAGGUGCCGGGGUUCGCAACGGCCAAUGACAGGGGGAAGCGCUCCGUCGUCAGUUUCACCGGUGGCGACCGGGACGCCCUCGAUGACAUCGGUGCAGAAGCGACGCCGGAGUCCGAUAAACCUCCCCCGUAUAGCAGCAUCAGGCACAAGGUCAGUGCCUAUUCCAUCGAGUAUGACCCACACUUAAGACGUGACAUCGACCAGCCUAUCUCAUACUUGGCGGCACUGGUGCACGUGUUCAAAGGCAGCUUAGGCACGGGCAUCAUGGCGGUGCCGAACGCUUUCAUGCACUCUGGCUACGUCACCGGUGUGAUCGGGACGCUGUUCGUGGGCGUGCUGUGCACCUACUGCAUGCACAUGCUGGUGAAGGCGCAGUACGAGCUGAGCAGGCGGCGCCGCGAGCCCAACCUCACCUACCAGGAGACGGCCGUGGCGGCCUUGGAGGACGGGCCGCGCUGCCUGCGCCCUGUGGCGCCUUACGCCGGGCAUGUUGUGAACGGCUUCAUGUUAGUGCUACAACUGGGAAGCUGCUGUGUGUACGUGGUGUUCAUCAGCACCAACAUAAAGGACGUUGUGGACGUGUACUACAGUGGGCUGGACCUGAGGAUCUACAUGUUGAUUUUGUUGCUGCCACUCAUACUGAUAAACAUGGUGCGCAACCUGAAGCUCCUGGCUCCAUUCACAACGCUGGCCAGCCUCCUGACGGUAGCAGGAUUCGGUAUCACCUUCUAUUACCUGGUGAUCGGCUCGCCUACUCUCGACGACAAACAGCCAUUUGGAACGUUCGAAGAAUUUCCUCUCUUCAUCGGAACGGUUCUCUUCUCACUAGAGGCGAUUGGAGUUAUUCUGCCGCUAGAGAACAGCAUGAAAUCACCAAAGAAAUUCCGUGGAACGUUUGGAGUGCUUAACGUUGCCAUGGUUCUCGUCGUCACUCUGUUUAUUGUAACCGGUUUCCUUGGUUACAUGCAGUAUGGGGAUUGUGCAGAAGGAAGCAUAACGCUUAGCCUGCCCAAGGAGGAAAAACUUGCACAGUCUGUUAAAAUAAUGUUGGCUAUUGCAAUUUUCAUAACACAUAGUCUCCAGAACUAUGUGAAUAUUGAGAUCGUGUGGAAUGGUUACCUACUUGAAAAGUUUGAGAAACAUCCAUAUAAAAUGGUUUUUGAAUAUCUCACUCGUAUUUUUCUUGUCACUGUUUCGUUUGCUUUGGCAGUGGCAGUUCCAAAUUUGGAGCUAUUUAUAUCUCUGUUUGGUGCACUCUGCCUGUCAGCUACUGGUAUUGCUUUCCCAGCCAUAAUAUAUUGCUUUAGCAUCUGGAACAAAGAAACAACUCAAUUCAAGUUUGUCUUGUUGAUAAUGAAAACUGGUUUUAUAGUCUUGUUUGCUGUGCUGGGACUUGCUUUAGGAACUUACACAUCACUUUUAAACAUUGUCAUUGAAUUCAGUUGA